AGUGAUUGACUUGUCAAAUAGAAUUGAAAUGGCGAUGGCGAAACGAGCGACCACUAGUGGCAGAUGGCGGGAUUGAUCUCGUGUGAUAUAACUGUGUUAGAUGGUUAGAUUAGUUUUUAAAUUGUAGUGUUUAUUAUAGAAUAGUUAUUAAAAUGACUAGAGCUAAAAUAGAACUCGGAGACGUGACACCGCAUAAUAUAAAGCAAUUAAAGAAGUUAAAUACAGUUGUAUUUCCCGUGUCAUACAAUGACAAAUUCUAUAAAGACGUGUUGGAAGCGGGUGAACUGGCGAAGUUAGCGUAUUACAAUGAUAUCGUGGUCGGAGCGGUGUGCUGUAGAAUAGACACGUCGGAGAACUCACGGAGACUGUAUAUAAUGACUCUAGGAUGUCUGUAUCCCUACAGAAGACUGGGAAUAGGUACUUUGAUGGUGGAACAUGUGCUCAAGUAUGUUGAACAGGAUGGAAAUUUUGACAGCAUUUUCUUACAUGUGCAAGUGAAUAAUGAGGGUGCAAUAGAUUUUUAUAAGAAAUUUGGUUUUGAGAUUGUUGAAACAAAAGAACACUACUACAAGAGGAUAGAACCGGCUGAUGCACAUGUUCUACAAAAGACAAUCAGACAGCCAGAAGCAACACCUUUAGUUAAUGGAAUAGUGCCACAUGCAAAAACAAAUGGACACGAUUGAGUGAACCAAUAAACUCCACUGUACUCAACAAACCCUCGGCUUGGUUGUAAUAGUGCAACUAACAAGUGAUACCACGUAUUUUAAGACUAGGAACUCGGUACCGACAACCAGAAUUGAUUUUAAUUAAGAUAAUUCAAAUAUUUGUUCCAUAUUAAGGGACAAGUAUUUUAAUACUAUAUUGAAUAUAGAUGGUUUCAAACAUGUCUGAAUAUGGUUCAAGCCAUUCGUAAACAGUUAAAUUGUAGGUUGAGGCCAUAAUGCUAAACUGGAUACGACUGAUAAUUCUGGACAGUACCUCAUGUUGUACAGUACUUCCAUAGAUAUGAUGGCAUGUUGAUGAAAAUGGUUAAUGUUUCUAGUGUGUUUUAUUAAACUAGGACAGAUUGUACAGGUGUGACAUUAAUGGACGUGAAACUGUAAAUUCUCUUAAUAUUUGAGUAUGUGUAAAAAUGAGAAGCAGUGGUUAGCUCUAGGUAUUCUUUUAACUAUAUUGGAUGGCAUACAAAAUUUUGUGUCAUUGUUUUUUACUAUAACUUUAAUCGAGUAGGUGUAAAGUUUUCGAUUUCGCUAAUUUAAUGAACUUUGGAUUCAAAAUAACUGUUGUGCAGUAAUCACCUCGCAAUUAAUUUGUAAUAUUUGUAUAAAGAGUUUUUUUUUUUCAAUUACUUUAAUAGGCUUAAUGUUUCAAGUUGUGUUAAUUUUGUAAUUCUUUGCACUGCAUCAGUACAUUGGUAUUUGAUAAUAAUUUAUCAUUUUGUUGAUUUAUAUACUUGAAAAUUGUUUUAUUUGAAUUACUUCUUAAUUUCAAGCAAUAUGUGAAUUUAUAUGUCAUCAUAGGUCAAUACCUGCUACCAAAGUUUUUUGGCGCACAGUUUUUUUUCUGAAUCCAUAUUUUGUUAUAUGCAUCAUGUUCACUGCAAUUUUAGCAUUAGAUUAAAUAAACAUCAUUAACAUUA